AUGUUUUUGGACAUUCAAGGACUCCGCUGUGUUGCCAUAUUUUAUGUCCUCUGUUUUCAUGUGUGGCCUCAGCACUUUCCAGCGGGAUAUCUUGGAGUGGACGUGUAAGUGAUUCAGCUUGCAAAAAAAGGCGAAAAAUGUGUACGUACUUUAUGAAAAUACUAGUAUAUAUUUCUUUGGCAUACCGUUUCAGAUUCUUCGUGAUUUCUGGAUUUUUAAUGCACAUGUUGAUGGAUUCGGCCGCUUUUUCGGCCGAGUCGAUUCAAAAUUUUUAUUUCCGAAGGGUCAAACGGAUUGUGCCCACAUAUUUGUUCAUUGUGACAUGCACAACAGCUUGGGCUCUACAUAUCUUUGACUAUCAAUACAUCCAAAAAACUGUGACCGAAUCGCUCACCGCGGCUUUAUUUGCCUCAAACAUCUUCAACCUUCCGAAACACGGCUACUUUGACACGAAUAAUCAGUAUCCUGUUUUUCUGCAUACUUGGUCGUUGUCGGUGGAGCUACAGUUUUAUCUGUUUGUGCCGUUGUUGUAUUUCUUGUGCAAAAAGGCGGACAGUUGGAAGCCACGUGCCGGAACAGCCGUCUUGACGGCAAUUGGAGCGUGCAGCUUUUUGUUGCAAGCGGUCAGCACAGGUUGGUGUUAACAUAAAUUUAGGGCAAUUUUUUAUUAUGGAAAUCUAUUGGUAUUUCUGUAAAGUGCACGGAAAUUUUGUCGCGGUCUGCACUGUGCACAAGAACCCACAAUUUCGCACUUUGUAUCGAAAUGUAUUUCCAUGCAGACUGAUAACAGAAGACCUUUCGUCUUUUGCUGCAAUUGAUACAUGAUUUCGUAACAUUCUAGAUCUGAACGUGGCCCACAUGAACACACUGUGCCGAGUAUGGCAAUUCUGCAUUGGAUUUAUUGUCCAUUACUUCAAGAAGAAGGCUCCGCCACAAUAUUCGAAAAUUUCUUCGGAUAAAAUAGGCGAAAAACACGACUUGUCGGCCUUGUCAAUCCAUUCCCCUUGCUCGGAACACGGCAGCAACCUCAAAACAGUCUUCUGCGCUCUGCUAAUUAUUUUGUUGCAAAUUCGCGUCUCAAAUUUCGUGUGGAUCCAUCGACUAGCGGCGACGGUCACGGCUGGCGUAUUGCUUGCAACAGGCGGAAAAAGUUUUUUGGAGAAUCAAUUGUUCGUAUAUGUUGGCAACAUCUCGUACUCGCUGUAUUUGGUACACUGGCCAGCAUUGGUUUUUUUCAAGUAUACAGCUAACAGUAGCACAAUCUCGAUUCGCGGUAAGGAAUUUAUUUGGCGUAUUGAAUUAGGUAUUAUACUGGAAUACAUAGUAAAUAUCAGUCUGUCGGGAAAAUAAGACCAGCGCUGUCGCUUCAAAAAUCGCAUCGCCGGAGAGGAAAUGGAUACUCGCUCGGACUAGUUAAAAUUCAGAAAAUUGGGUUUGCUAAUGAAAAUAAGCGCAAUGUCAAGACACAAUUGGCUUUUUAAAGGUAUUUUUGUUUUUUUUAGUUACGGAGCACGGUAUUUAUCCAUUUACAUGAUGACAGAAAAAAUUGAGGGGGUUAGACUUGGGGAGACUUUUGUUUCAAUGGGCCGGCCCGGGCCGGGCCGAAGUAAAUUUGAAACGAGCCGGGCUGGCCGGAACCCUUCAGACCGACGAGACGGCCAACGAGCUAUGUCUAUUACGGGCCGGGCUGGGCCGAAAGUCUAGACCCGCGGGCGGCAGCGGUCAGGCCUGCCCGGAUUGCAACUAUAUAUUUCGGGCCGGGCCGAAAUUGACCGAAAUUUCGGCCCAGCCCCGGUCCGGCACGGGCCGGCCCGGGUCAUGUCUACGAUUGACUGAUCGACAAUAUCUUUCUGCCUUUUCAGAUGGAAUCCUCAUUCUUCAAGCAUGCUUUCUGCUAAGUGUUUUGGUAGAAAGCUCCUUUAAAAAAUUAAAUCAAUCAAUAAACUGUAAAGCAAAGCUGUUUCUGCUUAUCGUCGCGUUGUACAUGUGCUUGGCGGCAACUAUUUCCUUCAACAGCAACGUCCAGCAGCCUCAAGUUUCCGCGCCCCACGAAAACUAUACAGAUAAUAUAACGAAACCCGAGGAGUUCUUGAUGAGUCGUGUCUUCGACUAUGAACACAUGGACCAACUCAACAUGACAAACACACAGUUGGCUGAUUAUAAUGGCCGACUCCACGACUUCUGGCUUCAUUUUGGCUAUGGGCAUGCAGUGAAGAACAACGAAACGAAGGCGUUAAAAAUUUCGCACCAGGUUGAGGUAAAUCCAGCUAUUUGUCUGCCGGCAAAAUUACGAACACUCUGUCGCAUCGAAAAACGCAAAGUUAAUUGCAUUGCGGCAAGAUCAAAUUGCUUUCACUUCAGCGACCAGGUCGGCUCAGCAACAAUGUGCUCAUUGUUUUCUCGACAGACUGAUAGUUGAAUUGAUGAUAAAUAUAAACUUUAAGGGAACAGGUGAUCUAGAAGUCCUUUUGAUUGGCAACAGCAUAAGUUCCGACUUGUAUUACGGGUUGUGGCCAAGGUUUCGUAGCCAUUACAAACGUUUGACCCUUGUGUAUACCGCCGCAACAGUUCCUUUCCAGCAAGAUUUUGAUGGCGAUCAUUCAAGGCAUUUUUUGAACAUUGUCAAGAACUUUGGCCGUCCCAUAGAUCUUCUGGUUAUUCGAUAUGCGUAAGGGUUUUCCGAAGCAAGUGUGUCCCAAGUGCGACGCCCAUUUUUGCUACUGUAUUUUUGGUAGGCUGCCCGACGGAUUUCAGUAGAUGAAACUGCGGACAGCAAUUUGCGCAAAUUGGUAAGGAGAGCAGUCGUUUUUCCUUAAAUUUUCCAUCUGCAAAGCCGUCAAAGUCUGAGUGUCACACUUGGGGCUACUUCCCCCGUGAGUGCAUUUGCAGCGGUUUCCAUUGCAGGACGCAUAGAAUCGUCGAUGACAAGAAUUACAUCGAAAAUCAGAUGAGGACCGACAUGCAAUACUUUUUCGAUCAGCUCAGCUUGCUGCCCGUUAAAAAAAUAAUCACGGGGUAUACAGAGUACAAGGCCGACCGCGAUUACACCGUGGAAAUGCUGCAAAAGGCGCAGAGAGCCAACGAGGACACUUCGAAAUUCAAUUUUUCAUACAAGGUAAAGCGAACAUCGACAAAUAAAUAUUUUCUUCAGAAGGCUCGCGAACGCAACUUGCCCCUUGACAAGGUGAUGAGCACGUUGAAAUGCGACAAAUGUAGCAUAUACGAUUUUAGUCGGACCUUCUGCAACAGCAUCACCGACAAAUGCAGUGUUGUUUUAGAGAACGGCGUGAUAAUCUACUGGGACUAUAUGCAUGUUUCCGCGUUUGGCUCGUUUUUUAUGGCCGAUGAUUUUAUCAGCUAUCUCAGGCGAAUAAAUGUGAUCUAA